AGAAUUAUUUGAUUCUAUAUAUAUGCUCUCACCAUCCUUCAUUUCCUUCAAACCUAAAUCCCUACCCAGUACAUGUGAUCACUUCUUCACUCUUUCCUCUUCACCAACUCAGAGAAAGCAGCUAUGAAAUCCUCUCCAGAGGUCGUCCAAAAGCCCAUCUUACAAUCAGACGAUUCAGACCCUCCACUCUCAUCUUCACUGCAAUCGGAUGAUACAAGGUCUGAGACCAGUGCACAACUAGAAAGCAUUUUAUCGAACACCCAGUUGCGGUUAUCGGAGCGCCUCCGGUUGGCCACAUGGACUGAGUUGAAGCUACUUUUCUACCUUGCUGGCCCUGCCGUCCUCGUUUACAUGAUCGGCUAUGUCAUGUCCAUGGCCACCCAAAUCUUUGUCGGUCAUCUCGGUAACCUUGAGCUCGCUGCAGCCUCUCUCGGCAACAAUGGAAUCCAAAUCUUUGCCUACGGCCUCUUGCUAGGGAUGGGGAGUGCAGUGGAGACCCUGUGUGGGCAAGCAUAUGGAGCUAAAAAAUUCGAUAUGCUAGGCAUUUAUCUCCAGAAAUCCACCGUUCUCCUCACUAUAACCGGUGUCCUCCUCACUUUCGUCUACAUAUUCUCCAAGCCUAUUCUGAUCUUGCUGGGGGAAUCAUCCAGAAUCGCAUCAGCAGCUGCCAUCUUCGUCUACGGCCUCAUUCCUCAAAUCUUUGCAUACGCUGCAAGCUUUCCCGUACAGAAGUUCCUACAAGCCCAAAGCAUAGUGGCCCCAAGCGCAUACAUAUCAGCAGGAACACUGCUGGUGCACUUGCUGUUGAGCUGGCUGGCCGUGUACAAGAUGGGGCUGGGGUUGCUGGGUUCUUCACUAGUCCUGAGCCUCUCAGGGUGGGUUGUUGUGGUGGGUCAGUUCCUUUACAUAUUGAAGAGUGAGAGGUGUAAGUACACUUGGGGCGGGUUCAGUGUCAAAGCUUUCUCUGGGUUGCCUGGAUUCUUCAAGCUAUCAGCUGCAUCUGCACUGAUGCUGUGCUUAGAGACUUGGUAUUUUGAGGUUCUUGUUCUGCUGGCUGGCUUGCUUGAUCAUCCCGAAUUGGCUUUGGAUUCUCUCUCCAUAUGCAUGACGAUACUUGGAUGGGUCUACAUGGUUUCAGUCGGAUUCAAUGCUGCUGCAAGUGUGAGAGUGGGGAAUGAGCUUGGAGCUGGGCACCCAAAAUCAGCAGCGUUUUCAGUGUUGGUGGUGACUCUAGCCUCCUUCCUGAUAUCAGUGGUGGCUGCAGUUGCGGUGCUUGUGCUUCGGAAUGUAAUCAGCUAUGCUUUCACUGGUGGGGAAGCUGUGGCCCAGGCUGUUUCCGACCUGUGUCCACUCUUGGCCAUCAGCCUCAUGCUCAAUGGUAUUCAACCAGUCCUCUCAGGUGUGGCUGUCGGGUGUGGAUGGCAAGCUUUUGUGGCAUAUGUAAAUGUGGGCUGCUAUUACGUUGUGGGAGUGCCUCUCGGCUCUCUCCUUGGUUUUUACUUCAAACAUGGGGCAAAGGGAAUUUGGUUAGGGUUGCUAGGUGGCACCUUAAUGCAAACCAUCAUUCUAAUUGUGGUUAUGGUUCGGACCGAUUGGAAUAAAGAGGUGGAAAAGGCUCUAGAGAGAUUGGAUCAAUGGGAGGACAAGAAGGAACCACUUUUGAAGGGGUGAAGGAAGUUUUUGAGGAUCAUCAAUAUUCCAAAACAAUUGGGUUAUUUUCAUAUUGAAUUUGAUUUUUAUUUGCUAUUUUGUUGAUGCUCCAUGAUUGGUUGAGUUUGAAGUGUAAUGCCAUUCCCUACAACAAUAUAUAGGAAGCCUCCCGUCCCCAUUCUCUCUCA